CUUCAAGCUUUAAUCAACUACCAACAUCAACUUGAAAAUACAAGCUCUAAUGAAUUGCUUGAUUCAGAUGAUGAGUCUGAAGAAACAAUUUCUUCUAAUAAUGAAGUACAAAUGUCUAGAGAAAAUUUGAAUAAAGAAUUAGAAGAAUUAGAGGAUAAAAUUAAUGUGAAUAAUAUUGAUUUGAAUUACAAUAUAAAUAUGGAUAUAGAUGAUUAUUUAUAUACUCAAACACAUCCCGCAAUGGAUAUGGAAGCGAAGUAG